CUCUCUCUCUCUCUCUCUCUCCACACACACACACACACACUGCAGGACUGGACCCCGCAACAAGUAUAAAGAAUAAAAACAAACCAUGGUUUCCAUCAGAGCUUUGCAUAAAACCAUUGUGUUUCUGUGCGUGUGUGUUCUGUACAACAGCAUGAGGGCCGACAGCAAACCACUGAGCCGGAGGGCCAUCAGCGAGGUCCAGCUGAUGCACAGCGUCGGCCUGCGUAAACACAUCCAGCAGAGACAGGACUGGCUGCAGGAGCACAUGCAGGACAUUCACACCGCCCCACGGCAUUAUGGGAAAAUGAGCAGCGAGCGCGUCAUCCUGGAGCACUUGUUAUCCAAAGAUUUUGCUUCAGACUCAGAAAACGGAGAUUUAGUGGAGAAUCUGGAUACGCAAUAAAACACGGACGCUUACGAGAGCGACCUGCAUAACGUUCCAACUUCUCAUCUUUAUCACAUUCAUCCUAAAUAUAUUGCUAUUUAUUUUUUUCUAUUUAUAUAUUUAAGCAUUUGUAUAGAUUUAUAGAUUUUUGGACUCUGAUUGUUAGAAAAUACUUCUGCUUGUUAUAAAUGUCUUAUAAAUAUUUUAUAUACAUUUUGUAGUACUUUUGCUUUAGAAAAGUAGCUGUAUAAAAAAGCACCUUUACUUCUUUUACAGCGAGACUUCGGCAUAUGAAUGCCCUUUCUUAAGAAUUGUUGCCUUAAGAAUUAAAAUUUUUGCAAGAAAUUUGAAACGGCAUGCACGUACAUCUGAGAGCCAUUCAAAACUGGUUUGCAUCUGUGGAAAAAACUAAUUCUUUAAUCAUAAAUAAUAUAUUUUGUCAGAAAUUUUGGAUCGCGUGAAAGGUUACGUGAGGUUGAAUGUUGAUAUGUUAAUUUAUAAAAUGUUUUUAUAUAAAAAGUUAUGAGUAUAGUGUUAAAAAUUGGUAAUAUGAGUACUACAUUUAGGUGGCAUUAUUUCACGAUACACCUUUUCACCUUAAGAACUCCCUUCCGGAACGAAUUAAAUUCGUAUGCCGAGGUUCCGCUGUUUUUAAUUUAUAAGCUGAAAUACUGUUUACUGAAACCAAAAAUAUUGUAAAACAGGACCAAUUUCUUUUUUCCUAAAGCAAUGCAAAAA